AUGAGUAAAGUCAAACCAAGAAAAACCAUGGUUUUCGAAGAUAAACUAGAAAAUUUUAGCCCAAAGCGAAAGAAACAUGGUUUGCAUGUAUCUAAACCUGUACCUUGUACAAUUGGUGAUAGGCUAAACAUAGCAAUUUUGUUAUUUUUGUACACAUUACAAGGGGUCCCACUCGGACUUUCAGCAGCUAUACCAAUAACAAUGCAGAAGAAACAUAUAACAUACAAAGAACAGGCCAAAUUUAGCUUUUCUACAUGGCCAUUUAGUUUAAAACUAUUAUGGGCACCUAUAAUCGAUUCUAUAUUUUGGCCAAAGUUUGGUAGAAGAAAAACCUGGCUUGUUCCUGUACAAUACUUAAUUGGUUUUUUUCUGUUAUUUUUGGCAAUGAACAUCAAUGAUUGGCUAGUGUUUACAGAAGAUCCAAACACUACAUUUUUGACAUUAAUGUUUUUUUGUUUAAACUUCUUAGCAGCUACACAAGAUAUUGCCGUUGAUGGUUGGGCAUUAACAAUGUUAAGAAAAGAAAAUGUAGGAUAUGCCUCAACAUGUAAUAGUGUAGGUCAGACAAUAGGUGCUUUUCUUGGCUAUGUUGUGUUUAUAACAUUAGAAUCACCUACUUUUUGUAAUAAAUGGCUACGAUUUACUGAAAGUACAGAGGGUUUAAUCACAUUACAAGGUUUUUUAUAUUUCUGGGGCUAUACAUUUAUGAUUGCUACAACAUUGGUAGCUAUAUUUAAACAUGAAAACAACGAAUCAUCUCAACAUGAUAGCCAUGAUUUAAAUUUAUAUCAAACAUAUAAGCUUCUUGGAGAUAUUAUGAAAUUACCAAGCGUUAAAACCUUAUCAAUAAUAUUACUUACUGCCAAGAUAGGAUUUAGUGCAAUUGAUGUUGUUUCUAGUUUAAAAAUCAUUGAUAAAGGUAUUCCUAAAGACGAUAUUGCUUUAAUUGGACUAUUAUCCAUUCCACUCCAAAUUAUUAUACCGGUAUUGAUAACCAAGUAUACAGCCGGACCCAAACCAAUGAAUAUAUAUUUAAAAUCUAUACCCUACAGAUUAUUAAUUGGUAUUGUCAUUGCCGCCAUUGUUUACUUUACACCAUAUUUUAUUGAUCAAGAUGGUAAUGUUUCAAUGUUCUAUUAUAUAUUAGUAUUGAGUUCAUUUUUACUACAUCAGUUGACUAUGUACUCAAUGUUUGUGGCCGUGAUGGCAUUUUUUGCCCGUAUAAGUGAUCCAUUAUUUGGUGGUACUAAUAUGACUUUGUUAAAUACAUUAACAAAUUUAGGAGGCGCUUGGGCUAAUACUGCUGCAUUAUGGAUGACUGAUUUUCUGACGUACAAACAAUGUUCAACCAAUGGAAAUAACACAUGUUCCACUGAAACAGAAAUUAAUGCUUGUCAAACAUCAGAUGGAAAGUGUGAAAUUACAAUUGAUGGAUUUUAUUUAGAAACUUUCCUUUGUACAAUUUUUGGAAUCAUGUGGUAUCAAUAUUUUUCAAAAAUUAUACGUAACUUACAAUCUAAAGACCUGAAACAUUGGCAUGUUGAUGCUAAAAAACAUUCGAAAUUAUAA